AUGUUGUUUCAUCGUGGAAAUUCGCACUACAACCUCUACCGUGACCACACUCAUUCAGCUAACUACACAACGACGCGAGCGCUGGUCGCGUUCUUUGGGAUGGGUUCUAGACAGGGGUUGGGGAGAGGGCCUCCGCCGAGUCAAUGGCGCCCCGGAGGGCUCGAACCCACACGCUCCUUCACCACGCCUGAAUCGCUCCACCCGCCACCUCAAUCGCGUAUCCGGACGCCAGUCACACAGUCUGAGUACAAUCUCCCACCGUCAGGAACCUACUACAAUGAACAUGAGCAUCACGGCGGCCACCGGUACCCCCUCUCCUUGGAAGAACGCUUCGAGCGGAUGGAGCUGCGUCAGAGGGAGGCGGAAUUGCACCAGCGGGAGUCGGAGAAAGAGAUUCAGCAACUCCGUCAACGUAACCGGGAACUUGAGCAACAGCUCGCUCGCUCUGCGACUGUCAAUCCAGCGCAAAGGGUGUAUAGACAUGGAUCAGAUGACGAUGGGUACACGAGUCUCGAUGCGGAAUCGGAGGUCUCCUCCUCAUCUGAACCUAUCGCUGGCAGUCAAGCUCCUGCAUGGCAACCGGCGUUGCACGCUACAACGACUCCCGCAGCCUCGCUUCGACCGGAGCCUUCUGCCACGCAUUUGAUGUCUUCCGCACCCACUGCCGCCGUAACGCAAUCCUCCGGGCCCACAAAUGCUUCGGAGGCCCAGUCCACUGCUCUGGUGUCGUUGGGGCUGCCACACAACCAGCUCACAGACGAUCAGAAGGAGGUACGAGGAAAGAUCACGAGGCAUGUCGGUGCGACGUUCCGGAACCUCUGUGGCAUCACAUCCAAGAAUCCGUGGCCGGACCCGGAUUCGCCUCCUCGGACGGAUCCUAGCACGGGCGAGACUCUAUUCACUCCAAACUUUCCAGGGGGAUUGACAAACCGAACCAACACGAAGAUCGUCAGUGCUGUUGCCGACACAAUACUCAAGGAGUUCAAGGAUCCCGCAUGCCGUCCUGCCAAGUACGACACAUGCGGGGGAACUAUUGACCGUAACAUAUUGCAGGACUUUGCCAAGGAGUCGUUCAAAGGCUUCAAGAGGCAGUACAUCGCUCAAGUGGAUGAAGCUGCUCGACAGAAGCGAGAGAGCAACAACACCACUGACCGUCGCACUCAGCGUCGCCGAAUGAAGACCAAACAACGGCGCUCAGCCGUGCCCACAUAUGCGGCCAGACACAACCUUGAUCCCGACAACGUUACUGCCACCGUGGAUGUUGAGUAUCAGUCGGACGAGCUUUCCAUGCCCAACUCCUCGGAUUCGGAUACAGACCAAGUCAACUGGGCUGUUCGCAUGGCGAAGGCAUCCGGGAGGAAGGACGUGACUCGGAACUCUGUCAAGGGCAUGCAUUUCCUUGAGGUGUGCAAGCCUCCUUGGCAGACAGAUCAGGCUGCAAAUAUGAACAUUGAGCUUAGCCAAAUCUACGAAGAUUCCAUGGCCGAGGCUGACAAGGACAAGCGCAAAUAUGUUCGAGUUCGUACCACGACUCGUAUAGACAAGCGCGUGCCUGAAAAGGCUCCGUACAACUUCGCCAUUCGCCCGGACUGGUUGGCGGAACAGAUGAUGGACCCCGACAGCGACAAGGCAAAGUAUCUGGUCAGCACUGGCUGGGGUACAUGGUCCGGUCCUCCUGGAUUUGAUUUGGAGCCAGCGAACGCAAGUACUAGUACCAAUGAUGAUGUGGCAAUCAAUGCACAGGACAAUUAG